UGGUUGAGUUCGAUUGAUUUCGUCGGAAAUUGAAAUUGAAAGGGUUCACCACCGCAGUCGGGUGCCACUCGACGGCAAAACGUCAGCGUGUUGUGAUAGCUGUUAAUGUCACAGACAUGUCAUUUAUAUUUAAAACCGAAGAAUACUAUCAGAAGUUCAUCGAGCUCCAAGAGAAGUUAAGGAAGAGCGAAGAAGAACGAAUAAACCUGGAAGUCAAGUUUGGUGAAAUGAUGCAGAUUGCUCGUGAAGAAGAACAAGUGUAUUAUAAAAAGUUGAAAUCCAAAUACAAACGGUUCUUGGAGGAGGACAAGAAGCGACAGGAACGGAAUGAAAAAUUGCUGAGGGUUUUGGAACGGGUCGACGCUAAAUUGGAGAUGCUCACAUCCAAAACGGACAGAAUCAAUCAACUGAGGCGACAUUAUCAAAAUUACAUUUCAACUAGGGUCACCACUAACGGACAAUCAAGAGUCGUUCCAGCUGCAGCUGCCGCAGAUCCCUGUUCUCACGUACCAGAGCCGAAAGACUUGUACAAACAUCCGCUGAUAAAGAAAGUUUUGGACAAAGGGAACGAAGAUAAGGAAGGAAUAUUGGAACAUUAUUUGCAGAGCAUGGCUUCUGAAAGGUGUGGCGGUCUUCUGCGACGUGACAUUAGUGGGGAUGUUGAGCAUGAGCAUUAUUAUAGUAAUAAUGCAAAUUCAGCUGCUGAUGACAUUAUGAACUCCAUAUGUGAUAGGUAUUAUAAUAAGUACAAACUGGAAGAGAAGGAUGAUUUGGCAAAGAAAGGGAAGUCGUUUCAAAAAACUGAUUACUUAAAAACCGAGUCACCUUUAGAUAACUCUUUUUCUAAACAAUUCAAUUAUAAUACAGACAAGUACGAGGAACAAUUUAAGGAAAGUAGCCAAAAAGGUUCUAAGAAUGUACCGCCUUCAACAACUAAAACGGACGAGUUUGAUGGAAUUGAAUAUAAAAAUAAAGAUAAGGAGAAAACCUUAUUAAAAGAUACUAAUAACGUCUCUAAUGAUAAACAAUUAUAUGAAGAAAGUUGCCACCGAUAUCAAAUGUCACCACCACCAGUGAAGGAGGACACAGGAAUGCAACAGAAGCAACAUUAUGAAGAAAAUAAUAAAUCUAGUGAAGGUAUUCAAAAUGUUAAAAAUGAAAAUAAUCUAAGUCAUCAAAUUGUUGAAGAAAACAAACCAUCAAAAUUGACCGAACAUAUUAGUGAAGAAGAUUCAUCCCAACCGAGUUUUGAUUACAACCAAAAGCAAAAUGAUCAUCAUCAGCAUAUUGGAACCAAAAACAAAGAGCCAAUUGAGGAACUGGCAUCUAAAGAGCCCACCCCACAACAAUCUGAUGUAACUGAACAAGAACAAGUCGAAGUUGUCAAACAACUUGCUGAGACUAACCAACAAGACCCUGCAAGUAAUCAUCAAUCCAUUGUUGGACAGAAUAUUCAAGAUGAAAGUCUUCAUCCUCAGUAUGUCCAACAAUAUGAUGUAGGUGAUGUGCAGCAACGUGAUGAUAAUGCUAAUCAAUCUCUACAACAUAACGACGAAAAUUUACAACAAUAUGAACAUCACUAUGACAAAAAUGGACGGUACGAUGAAACUGGGCAACCCCUUCAACAUCUGUAUGAUGAAAAUGGACAACCACUUCAACAGUAUGAUGAAUCUGGACAAAUUCUCCAACAACAAUAUGAUGAAAUUGAACAACAAUAUGAUAAAAAUAUGCAGGAGUAUGAUGAAAAUGGACAACCACUUCAACAAUUUGAUGAAACUGGUCAGCCCCUUCAACAAUGUGAUGAAACGGGACAGCCUCUUCAACAAUAUGAUGAAACUGGACAGCACCUUCAACAAUAUGAUGAAAGUGGACAGCAUCUUCAACAAUACGAUGAAACUGGACAGCCCCUUCAACAAUACGAUGAAAGUGGACAGCCCCUUCAACAAUACGAUGAAACUGGACAGCCUCUUCAACAAUACGAUGAAACUGGACAGCCCCUUCAACAAUACGAUGAAAGUGGACAGCCCCUUCAACAAUACGAUGAAAGUGGACAGCCCCUUCAACAAUACGAUGAAACUGGACAGCACCUUCAACAAUAUGAUGAAAGUGGACAGCAUCUUCAACAAUACGAUGAAACUGGACAGCCCCUUCAACAAUACGAUGAAAGUGGACAGUCCCUUCAGCAAUACGAUGAAACUGGACAGCAACAAUACGUGGGAUUUGGGCAGCCUCUCGAACAACAGUACGACGAGAACGGACAGUUCAUCCCACAGUACGACGAAAACGGACAACUUCUUCAAAGGUACGACGAAAAUGGGCAGCCCAUUCAACAAUACGAUGAAAACGGCCAGGCAUCUAAUCUGGUGGAGUACGACGAGAACGGACAACCCAUUCAAUACGACCCGAACCUCCAUUACGACGAAUACGGAAAUCCAAUUCAGUACGACGAAUACGGCCAGCAGAUCAUGUACGAUCAAAAUCAAUUGCAAUAUGAACAAGAGGCUGGAGGACCGGGGCCAGAACCAAUUCAAUAUGAUAACACGGCUGAACAGUACGUUAACGACACAAAGGAGCAACUUCAAGAGGAAAAAGAAAAUGAAUCUGAGGAGGAUAAAAAGGAAAAGGAAAAGGAAAAGGAAAAGGAAACGCAAAAGCAAAAUGUAAUGGAAAUGCUUGAUACAGAUACGGAGAGCGCCAAACAAGAGGAUACGACGACCAAAGUUUCGAACGACAGUGAUUUUGAUUUUAGUAAUAAUUAAUUAGUAAGCACGAUUUUGCUUGUAGAUUAGAUCGUUAUUUAAUAAUUAUAAAUUAAUAAAUUUAAUUAUAAUAAAUAUUUUUAGUUUGAUUUACAUGAAUGUGGAAGUAAUAAUAUAAUGAACC